AGGUGAUUCCACCUACAACCCUUCCGAUUACUCACACUUAAUAUUUGCGUGGUAAUUUACACCAUCAAAUUGGCGCCACCCGUGGGACCUAUUACAAAAAAGUCAUGGCCAGUAAUCAGGAAACCGUGAUCUCACAAAUUUCUACUCCCGUUGAGAAUGUCAUUUCAUUCCCGGGAGGAAGUUCCCAACCGUCAAGCCAGACCCUCCGCGGCCGAGCCGCCGAGUGGUUUCAUAACUUACCGGCCGGUGAAAUCGAUUCUUUCGAUGAACUGGCUGAGGUGUUUCAAGAAAAGUUCAAAGAAAACUGUACCAAGAGGAAAAAGUUUACCUACUUGAGUACAGCCGGGCAGCGAGAGCACGAGGAUCUGACAAAAUUCCUCACCCGGUGGAAGGAUGAGGUUGACAAGGUGGAGGAGAUGGACGACAAGACAGCAAUGUCCCUCCUUGUGUCAUCCAAGAGGGAAGCCGAGCAGGGCCACUCAAAGGGAAAAGUUUCCUUGAAAAAGGAAAUUACAUUGCCCGGUAAGAUAACAGCAGAAGUCAUGGAGGUAAAACCGGUCAAAACAGAGAAGAAACUGACCGGCGAGAAACAAUGGACGGAGAAGUAUUGCUCCUUUCACAAAACUGAUUCCCAUAACACUGCAGAGUGUAACAGUGUGAAGGGGGUAAUAAAGCAGAUGAUUGAGGCCGGUGAGAUUGAUCCUGAAUAUCUGGCCCAAACUAAGCAAAAGAAGAACCAAUGGGUCAGACCAGAAGGACAACCGGCCGAGCAGAAUAAAAAGAAGAAAACCGCCGGUACAGAGCAUUUACAGACUCCCCUGUCCGGGUUCACCGGGGACUCUGUUGAAGCUGAAGGGUCAAUCCUUCUUACUUGUGAGUUAGGCACAGGAGACCAGGUCGUCCAGAAACAAAUGAGGUUUGUGGUAGUGAACANGGAAGCUUUGCCUCACACGGUCUGGGCGCAUAGGGUGACUUCAAGAAGGGCAACCGGAGAAACUCCAUUUGUGCUCACUUACGGAUGUGAAGCCCGGUUGCCAGUUGAAGCGGAAAUUCCAACAUUUAGAGAAACCGUGUAUCAGCCCGGCCAGAACGAGGUCGACCACCUAGCUGAGUUGAAUCUGGUGGAAGAACGAAGGACCAUAGCAGCUGUUAAGAUGGCCGGUUGUCAGCAGUCGGUAAAGCGGUAUCAUGACAACCGGGUAGGACCGCGAUACUUCCAGGUGCAUGAUGAAGUCUUGCGCAGGAGGGAUGCUAGUAAGCCUAAUGAGAGGGGCAAGCUGGCGCGUAACUGGGAAGGGCCCUAUCGUGUAAAAGUAAUUGUCAGACCGGGCACUUACCAGUUGGAGACUAUGGAAGGUAGCCGGGUCGAGCGACACUGGAACUCUCACCACUUACGUAAAUUUUAUAGAUAAAGUGUAACGGGUUCCUGACCAUUAAUAAAAGUUCGCUCUUUUC